AGUGAUCCGCCGCAGCUCCCGGCCGCAACUCUCAAACUCCGCGGCUCCCUGCCUGGGCAAGUCCUGACAAACUUGGCUUCUCUUCGGCCCUCUCUCUAGCCCUCGCGCAUUCUCAUCUCGCCUCGUUUUGGUACUCAAGUUUCACCCAGGACGGAAGCCUUAGGAGAUGUGGCCACCUGGAUCCGGGCAGCGCGGGUGGAUCGCACUCUCGUGGGGGACAUGCUGAAGAUCGGAGGGAGGCAAAGUUGGUACUUCAGACACCGUUUCUAACAAAUAUCCAAAUCGCGUGGGGAUUACCGAGCUGCGGAGGACUUGAAAGCGGAGCACCGAGGACUCGGCUGGACUGGUCCCUGAGCGUGGAGCAAUGGGGAGACUCUUGGCCGUGCUCCUGCUCCUCCUCCUGCAGCAUUUUGGAGACAGUGCUGGGAGCCAGACAGUUGGACAGAAUCCUCUGCAGUUUACACAGCCCCAUUACGAUGUCACUGUGCACGAGAACUCUGCAGCCAAAACCUACGUUGGGCAUCCUGUAAAGAUGGGCAUUUACAUUACAAAUCCAUCGUGGGAAUUAAGGUACAAAAUUGUCUCUGGAGACAAUGAAAAUCUAUUCAAAGCUGAAGAGUACAUUCUUGGAGACUUUUGCUUUCUAAGAAUAAGGACCAAAGGAGGAAACACAGCUAUUCUUAAUAGAGAAGUGAAAGACCAUUACACGUUGAUAGUCAAAGCAGUUGAAAAAAACACGAAUGCUGAAGCACGGACAGUGGUCAGGGUGCAAGUGCUGGAUACAAAUGACUUGAGACCGUUGUUCUCGCCCACCUCGUACAGUGUUUCUCUACCUGAAAGCACAGCCAUCAGGACCAGUAUUGCCAGAGUCAGUGCCACAGAUGCAGACAUAGGAACCAAUGGAGAAUUUUACUACAGCUUUAAAGACCGAACAGACAUGUUUGCCAUUCACCCAACAAGCGGUGUAGUCGUUUUAACUGGUAGACUUGAUUACGCAGAGACCCAGCUCUAUGAGAUGGAAAUUCUUGCCGUGGACCGUGGAAUGAAACUGUAUGGCAGCAGUGGUAUCAGCAGCAUGGCCAAACUAACAGUUCAUGUAGAACAGGCCAACGAAUGUGCUCCUGUGAUAACAGCGGUGACAUUAUCACCGUCGGAACUGGACAGGGACCCAACAUACGCAGUCAUAACAGUGGAGGACUGUGAUCAGGGCGCCAAUGGGGAAGUGGCAUCUUUAAGCAUCGUGGCAGGUGACGUCCAUCAGCGGUUCAGAACAGUGAGGUCCUCUCCAGGGAGUAAAGAAUAUAAAGUCAAAGCAGUCGGGGACGUUGAUUGGGACAGUCAUCCUUUUGGCUACAAUCUGACACUUCAGGCUAAAGAUAAAGGAACUCCUCCCCAGUUCUCCUCUGUGAAAGUAAUUCACGUGACUUCCCCACAGUUCAAAGCUGGGCCAGCCAGGUUUGAAAAGGAUGUUUACAGGGCAGAAAUAAGUGAAUUGGCUCCUUCCAACACACCUGUGGUCAUGGUAAAAGCCACGCCUAGUUAUUCUCAUUUGAGGUAUGUUUUUAAAAGUGCACCUGGAAAAGCUAAAUUCAGUUUAAAUCACAACACUGGUCUCAUUUCUAUUUUGGAACCAAUUAAAAGACAGCAGGCAUCCCAUUUUGAACUUGAAGUAACAACAAGUGACAGAAAAGCCUCCACCAGGGUCUUGGUGAAAGUCGUAAGUGCCAACAGCAAUCCUCCUGAGUUCACCCAGACAUCAUACAAAGCAUCUUUUGAUGAGAAUGUGCCCAUCGGCACCACUGUCAUGAGUGUGAGUGCGGUAGACCCCGAUGAGGGGGAGAAUGGGUACGUGACUUACAGCAUCGCGAACUUAAACCCUGUGCCAUUUGUGAUCAACCAUUUCACUGGUGCUGUGAGUACUUCAGAAAGCUUGGACUAUGAGCUGAUGCCUCGGGUGUAUACUCUGCGGAUCCGCGCGUCGGACUGGGGCUUGCCCUACCGCCGGGAAGUUGAAGUCCUUGCUACCAUUACUCUCAAUAACUUGAAUGACAACACGCCCUUGUUUGAGAAAAUAAAUUGUGAAGGCACGAUUCCCAGGGAUCUAGGGGUGGGGGAGCAGAUCACCACUGUGUCUGCCAUCGAUGCUGAUGAACUUCAGUUGGUCCGCUAUCAGAUCGAAGCUGGAAAUGAACUGGAUUUGUUUAGCUUAAAUCCCAGCUCCGGGGUAUUGUCAUUAAAGCAAUCACUAAUGGAUGGUUUAGGUGCAAAGAUGGUGUUUCACAGUCUGAGAAUUACAGCUACAGAUGGAGAAAAUUUCGCUACGCCAUCAUAUAUCAACGUAACUGUGACUGCCGGCCGCAAGCCAGUACACUUGCAGUGCGAAGAGACCGGCGUGGCCAAGAUGCUGGCAGAGAAGCUCCUGCAGGCGAAUAAAUUGCACAGCCAGGGGGAGGGCGAGGACGUUUACUUCGACUCCCACUCCGUCAAUGCGCACGCACCACAGUUCAGAAGUAGUCUUCCAGCUGCUGUUGAGGUGAAGGAAAGCCAGCCCGUGGGUUCCAGCAUCGUUCUCGUGAAUGCUACUGACCUUGACACUGGCUUCAACGGAAAGCUGGUCUACUCCAUCUCUGGAGGGAAUGAGGAUAGUUGCUUCAUUAUCGACAUGGACACUGGGAUGCUAAAAAUUCUGUCUCCCCUUGACCGGGAAACAGCAGACAAGUAUAUCCUGAACAUUACAGUGUUUGACCUUGGUAUACCGCAGAAGUCCGCUUGGCACCUUCUGGAUGUCAGGGUUCUGGAUGCCAAUGAUAAUCCACCUGAGUUCUUACAGGAGAGCUAUUUCGUUGAGGUGAGUGAAGACAAGGAGGUAAAUAGUGAAAUCAUCCAGGUUGAAGCCACAGAUAAAGAUCUAGGGCCAAAUGGACAGGUGACGUACUCUAUCGUCACAGACACCGACGCAUUUUCAAUCGACAGCAUGACUGGUGUCGUUCAGGUUGUGCGGCCUCUGGAUCCUGAGGUGCAGCAUGUGCAUUACUUAAAGAUUGAAGCCAGAGAUCAAGCCACAGAAGAACCCCAGUUGUUUUCCACGGUACUUUUGAAGGUCUCAGUAGAGGAUGUUAAUGACAAUCCCCCAAAGUUCAUUCCACCUAAUUACCACGUGAAAGUUCGAGAGGACCUUCCCGAAGGAACCAUAAUCAUGUGGUUAGAGGCCUAUGACCCCGACCUAGGUCAGUCUAGUCAGGUGAGAUACAGUCUCAUGGACCAUGGAGAAGGAAACUUUGAUGUGGAUAAACUCAGCGGAGCAGUUAGAAUCGUACAGCAGUUGGACUUUGAGAAGAAGCAGCUAUACAAUCUCACAGUGAGGGCCAAAGACAAAGGGAAGCCAGUCUCUCUGUCGUCCACUUGCUACGUUGAAGUUGAGGUAAUUGAUGUGAAUGAGAACUUACACCCACCAGUGUUUUCCAGUUUUGUGGAAAAGGGUGUAGUGAAAGAAGAUGUCCCUAUUGGAUCAUCAGUAAUGACAGUAUCAGCUCAUGACGAGGACACAGGAAGAGAUGGGGAGGUCCGUUAUUCCAUUAGAGAUGGUUCUGGUGUUGGUGUUUUCAAAAUAGAUGAAGAAACAGGUGUCAUAGAGACGUCGGACCGGCUGGACCGCGAGUCGGCCUCCCAUUACUGGCUGACGGUCUACGCCGCCGACCAGGGCGUAGUGCCUCUCUCGUCGUUCGUGCAGGUCUACGUGGAGGUGGAGGACGUCAACGACAACGCCCCGCGGACCUCGGAGCCCGUCUACUACCCGGAGGUCGUGGAGAAUUCCCCCAAGGACGUGUCUGUGGUCCAGGUCGAGGCAUUUGACCCUGAUUCCAGCUCUAAUGACAAGCUGACGUACAAGGUCACGAGUGGGAAUCCACAAGGGUUCUUUGCAAUCCACCCAAAAACAGGUCUCAUCACAACUACCUCAAGGAAACUGGACCGAGAACAGCAAGAUGAACACAUAUUAGAAGUUACCGUGACAGACAAUGGUAGUCCCCCCAAAUCAACGGUUGCAAGAGUGAUUGUGAAAAUCCUUGAUGAAAAUGACAACAAACCUCAGUUCCUGCAAAAGUUCUACAAAAUCCGCCUCCCAGAGCGGGAGAAGCCAGAGCGAGAACGGGGUGCCAGGCGUGAGCCCGUGUACCGGGUCAUAGCCACGGACAGAGAUGGGGGCGCCAACGCGGAAAUCUCCUACAGCAUCGAGGAGGGGAACGAGCACGGCAAAUUCUUCAUUGAGCCGAAAACUGGACUCGUGUCAUCCAAGAAGUUCUCUGCAGCUGGGGAGUACGAUAUUCUCUCAAUUAAGGCAGUUGACAAUGGUCGCCCCCAAAAGUGGUCAACCACUCGACUCCAUAUUGAAUGGAUCUCCAAACCCAAACCAUCCCCGGAGCCAAUUGCUUUUGAAGAAUCGUUUUUCACCUUCACUGUAAUGGAAAGCGAUCCAGUUGCUCACAUGAUUGGCGUGAUCUCUGUUGAGCCUCCUGGAACACCUCUUUGGUUUGACAUCAUUGGUGGCAACUAUGACAGUCACUUUGACGUGGACAAGGGUACCGGAACCAUCAUUGUUGCCAAACCUCUUGAUGCAGAACAGAAAUCAAGCUAUAACCUCACAGUCGAGGCUACAGAUGGAACCAGCACUAUCCUUACUCAGGUAUUCAUCAAAGUAAUAGACACCAAUGACCAUCGUCCUCAGUUUUCUACAUCAAAGUAUGAAGUCAUUAUUCCUGAGGACACAGUUCCAGAAACAGAAAUUUUGCAAAUCAGUGCGGUGGAUAAGGAUGAAAAAAACAAACUAAUCUACACCCUGCAGAGUAGUGUCGAUCCACUGAGUCUCAAGAAAUUUCGUCUCGAUCCUGCAACCGGCUCUCUCUACACUUCUGAGACCCUCGAUCACGAAGCCACUCACCAGCACGUUCUCACAGUCAUGGUACGAGAUCAGGAUGUCCCUGUAAAGCGCAACUUCGCGAGGAUCGUUGUGAAUGUCAGCGACACGAAUGACCAUGCCCCCUGGUUCACAAGUUCCUCCUAUGAAGGACGGGUUUACGAAUCGGCAGCGGUCGGCUCAGUGGUGUUGCAGGUCACAGCGCUGGACAAGGACAAAGGGAGAAAUGCUGAAGUGCUGUACUCGAUCGAAUCAGGAAAUAUUGGAAAUUCUUUUACAAUUGAUCCCAUCAUGGGCUCCAUCAAAACUGCCAAAGAAUUGGAUCGAAGCAGCCAAGUGGAGUAUGAUUUAAUGGUGAAAGCUACAGAUAAAGGCAGGCCGCCACUGAGUGAGAUAACUUCUGUGCGUGUCGUUGUCACAAUUGCUGACAAUGCGUCUCCCAAGUUUACAUCUAAAGAAUAUUCUGUGGAAAUCAGUGAAACCAUCGGCGUCGGGAGUUUUGUCGGCAUGGUCACAGCGCACAGUCAGUCCUCAGUGGUGUAUGAAAUAAAGCAUGGGAAUGUCGCUGAUGCUUUCGAUAUCAACCCCCACUCUGGAAGUAUCACCACUCAGAAAGCCCUGGAUUUUGAAACGCUGCCCGUGUACACGGUGACCGUGCAAGGGACGAACAUGGCUGGCUUGUCUACGAAUACAACGGUUCUCGUGCACCUGCAGGAUGAAAAUGACAACUGGCCGGUGUUCGUGCAGGCAGAGUACACAGGGCUCAUCAGCGAGUCGGCUUCCAUCAACAGCGUGGUCCUGACCGACAAGAACGUCCCAUUAGUGAUCCGAGCAACCGAUGCUGAUAGAGAGUCGAAUGCUUUGCUUGUUUAUCACAUUGUUGAACCAUCUGUACACAAAUAUUUCGCCAUUGAUUCUAGCACUGGGGCUAUCCAUACAGUGCUGAGUUUGGACUACGAAGAAAGAAGCACUUUUCACUUUACUGUGCAGGUGCAUGACAUGGGAACCCCACGUUUAUUUGCUGAAUAUGCAGCGAACGUGACUAUACAUGUGAUUGACAUCAAUGACUGCCCUCCCGUGUUCUCCCAGUCGCUGUAUGAAGCGUCUCUCUUGUUGCCCACAUACAAAGGAGUGAAAGUCAUCACAGUAAAUGCAACAGAUGCCGACUCAAGCGCCUUCUCACGGUUAAUGUACUCCAUCACGGAAGGCAACAUCGGGGAGAAGUUUCUCAUGGACUACAGGACUGGUUCCGUUACGGUGCAGAACACAACUCAGUUAAGAAGCCGCUACGAGUUAACCGUCCGCGCUUCUGAUGGCAGAUUUGCAAGCUUCUCCUCUGUGAAAAUCAACGUGAAAGAAAGCAAAGAAAGUCAGCUCAAGUUCACCCAAGAUUUCUACUCUGCGGUGGUGAAAGAGAACUCCACCGAUGCCAGGACGUUAGCUGUCAUCACGGCUGUUGGGAAUCCCAUCAAUGAGCCUCUGUUCUAUCACAUCCUCAACCCGGAUCGCAGGUUCAGAAUAAGCCGCACGUCCGGCGUCCUGUCCACCACUGGCAUACCCUUUGACCGUGAGCAGCAGGAGGCGUUUGACGUGGUCGUCGAGGUGACACAAGAACACAAGCCUGCAGCAGUGGCCCAUGUCGUCGUGAAGGUCAUCGUUGAAGACCAGAACGACAAUGCGCCAGUGUUUGUCAACCUCCCUUACUAUGCUGUUGUGAAGGUGGACACCAUGGUGGGCCACACCAUCCGCUCCGUGACUGCCGUGGACAGAGACAGUGGCAGAAACGGGCAGGUGCAUUACUACCUCAAGGAGCAUCACGAGCACUUCCAGAUCGGACCCGCAGGUGACAUCUCCCUGAAAAAGCAAUUCGAGCCUGAAACCUUAAACAAACAGUAUCUCGUCACAGUGGUUGCAAAAGAUGGAGGGAACCCAGCCUUCUCGGCCGAGGUCAUAGUGCCCAUCACCGUGAUGAAUAAAGCCAUGCCUGUGUUCGAAAAGCCUUUCUACAGCGCCGAGGUCCCGGAGAACAUCCAGCUGCACAGCCCCGUGGUGCACGUCCAGGCCAGCAGCCCGGAGGGGCUGAAGGUGCUCUACGGCAUCACCGAGGGCGACCCUUUCAGCCAGUUCACCAUCGACUUCAACACCGGCGUGAUCAAUGUCGUCGCUCCCCUGGACUUCGAGUCCCACCCAGCGUAUAAACUGAGCAUACGGGCAACUGACUCCUUGACGGGCGCUCAUGCCGACGUGUUUGUGGACAUCGUGGUGGAAGACAUCAACGAUAACCCUCCCGUGUUCGCCCAGCCGUCUUACGCUGCCACGCUGUCUGAGGCAUCCGUCAUCGGCACGGCUGUGGUUCAGGUUCGGGCGACGGACUCCGACUCAGAACCGAACAGGGGCAUCUCCUACCAUCUGAUUGGGAAUCACAGCAAGAAUCAUGAUCAUUUUCACAUCGAUAGCAGCACUGGUCUCAUUUCACUGGUCAGAACUUUGGAUUAUGAGCAGUCCCAUCAGCACAAGAUUUUUGUGAGGGCUAUGGAUGGUGGCAUGCCCCCACUGAGCAGUGAGGUGAUUGUCACCGUGGACGUCACUGACCUCAAUGACAACCCGCCGCUCUUCGACCAGCAAGUGUACGAGGCCAAAAUUAGCGAGCACGCCACGCAUGGGCAUUUUGUGACCUGCGUGAAAGCCCAUGAUGCGGACAGCUCAGAUAUAGACAAGCUGGAAUAUUCCAUCCUGUCUGGCAAUGAUCAUAAGAACUUUGUCAUCGACGGUGAAACGGGGAUCGUCACGCUCUCAAACCUCCGCCGGCACACCCUGAGGCCGUUCUACAGCCUCAACGUUUCCGUUUCGGACGGCGUGUUUCGAAGCUCGGCGCAGGUCCAGGUGACGGUGAUUGGAGGCAAUCUGCACAGCCCUGCCUUCCUGCAGAACGAGUACGAGGUGGAGCUGGCCGAAAACGCCCCCGUGCACACCCUGGUGGUGGAGGUCCAAGCAACCGACGGGGAUGCUGGCAUUUAUGGCCACGUUACGUACCACAUUGUGAACGACUUUGCCAAAGACAGAUUUUACACAAAUGAGAGAGGACAGGUCUUUACUUUGGAAAAACUAGAUCGGGAAAUCCCAGCGGAGAAAGUCAUUGCCGUUCGUCUAAUGGCGAAGGAUGCUGGAGGGAAAGUUGCUUUCUGCACCAUUAAUGUCAUCCUCACCGAUGACAAUGAUAACGCCCCACAGUUCCGAGCAACCAGGUAUGAAGUCAACAUCGGGUCCAGUGCUCCCAAAGGGACACCUGUCAUUAAAGUCCUCGCAAGUGACGCUGAUGAGGGGUCCAAUGCCGAUGUCUCCUAUGCCAUUGAGGCCGACUCUGAAAGUGUCAAAGAGAAUUUGGAGAUCGACAAACUGUCUGGCAUCAUCACUACAAAGGAAAGCUUAAUUGGCCUGGAGAACGAGUUGUUCACUUUCUUUGUGAGAGCUGUGGAUCAUGGGUCUCCACCUAAGGUGUCUGUCGUUCCCGUCUACGUUAAGAUACUCCCCCCAGAAAUUCAGCUUCCAAAAUUUUCAGAACCGUUUUACACCUACACGGUUUCAGAAGACCUGCCGAUUGGAACAGAGAUCGAUCUCAUCCGAGCGGAACAUAGCGGGAUUGUUCUUUACAGCCUCGUCAAAGGGAACACCCCUGAAAGUAACAGGGAUGAGGUCUUUGUGAUCGACAGACAGAGCGGAAGGCUGAAACUGGAGAAGAGUCUUGACCACGAGACCACUAAGUGGUAUCAGUUUUCCAUACUAGCCAGGUGCCCUCAGGAUGACCAUGAGGUGGUGGCUUCCGUGGAUGUUAGCGUCCAAGUGAAAGAUGCAAAUGACAACAGCCCCGUGUUGGAGUCUAACCCCUACGAAGCAUUCGUCGUUGAAAACCAGCCAGGGGGAAGUCGGGUCAUCCAGGUCAGGGCGUCCGAUCUGGACUCGGGAACCAAUGGCCAAAUUAUGUAUAGUCUGGAUCAGUCACAAAGUGUCGAAAUCAUAGAGUCCUUUGCUGUUAACAUGGAAACGGGCUGGAUUACAACCCUAAAGGAGCUUGACCAUGAGAAGAGAGACAAUUACCAGAUUAAAGUGGUUGCCUCAGAUCAUGGUGAAAAGGUCCAGCUGUCCUCCACGGCUAUUGUGCACGUUACUGUCACCGACGUCAACGACAGUCCCCCGAGAUUCACGGCGGAGAUUUACAAAGGGACUGUGAGCGAAGAUGACCCCCCAGGCGGUGUGAUUGCCAUUUUAAGCACCACAGAUGCUGAUUCUGAAGAGAUUAACAGACAGGUUACAUAUUACAUAACAGGGGGCGAUCCUCUGGGGCAGUUCGCAGUUGAAAACAUACAGAGUGAAUGGAAGGUCUACGUGAAGAAGCCUCUGGAUAGGGAACAAAGGGACAGCUACCUUCUGACCAUCACCGCGGCCGAUGGGACCUUUGCGUCGAAGGCCACCGUCGAGGUGAAAGUUCUUGACGCCAAUGACAACAGCCCAGUCUGUGAAAAGACUUUGUACUCAGACACGAUCCCAGAGGACACCUUUCCUGGGAAGCUGAUCAUGCAGGUCUCGGCUACGGACGCAGACAUCCGUUCCAACGCCGAAAUCACUUACACGCUCUUUGGUCCAGGAGCAGAAAAAUUCAAAUUGAAUCCAGACACAGGUGAGCUGAAAACGUUAGCCCCCCUCGAUCGCGAGGAGCAGGCAGUGUACAGCCUCCUAGUCAAGGCCACAGACGGCGGGGGACGGUUCUGUCAAGCUGACAUCGUGCUCACCUUGGAAGAUGUGAAUGACAAUGCGCCCGAGUUCUCCGCCGACCCUUACACCAUCACCGUGUUCGAAAACACAGAGCCCGGGACGCCGCUGACCAGAGUGCAGGCCACAGAUGCGGACGCAGGGUUGAAUCGGAAGAUAGCCUACUCUCUGAUCCACUCCGCUGAUGGGCAGUUCUCCAUUAAUGAAUUAUCGGGGAUCAUUCGGUUGGAGAAGCCUCUGGACAGAGAGCUGCAGGCCGUCUACCCCCUCACUGUGAAAGCUGUAGACCAGGGCUUGCCGAGGCAGUUGACAGCCACCGGCACUGUGGUUGUGUCCGUUUUGGACAUAAACGACAACCCACCCGUGUUCGAAUACCGUGAAUAUGGGGCCUCGGUGUCCGAGGACGUCGUUACUGGGACCGAAGUCCUCCAGGUGUAUGCAGCCAGUCGGGACAUCGAAGCCAAUGCGGACAUCACCUACUCCAUCAUCAGUGGAAACGAGCAUGGGAAAUUCAGCAUAGAUUCUAAAACAGGGGCCAUAUUUAUCAUCGAGAGCCUGGAUUACGAGAGCUCUCACGAGUACUACCUGACGGUGGAAGCCACCGAUGGCGGCACGCCUUCGCUGAGUGACGUGGCGACUGUGAACGUGAAUGUGACCGAUGUCAACGACAACACCCCGCUGUUCAGCCAGGAGACCUACACAGCCGUGAUCAGCGAAGACGCCGUCCUCGAGCAGCCCGUCGUUACGGUUCUGGCUGACGAUGCUGAUGGACCUUUAAACAGCCACAUCCACUAUUCAAUUAUAGAUGGCAAUCAGGGAAAUCCAUUCACAAUUGACCCCGCCAGGGGAGAGGUGAAGGUGACCAGGCUCCUAGACCGGGAAACCAUUUCAGGUUACACGCUCACCGUUCAGGCGGCUGACAACGGCAGUCCACCCAGAGUCAACACCACCACAGUGAACAUCGAUGUGUCUGACGUCAACGACAAUGCUCCCGUCUUCUCCAAGGGAAACUACAGUGUCAUCAUCCAGGAAAAUAAGCCUGUGGGUUUCAGUGUGCUGCAGCUGGUGGUCACAGACCAGGACUCGUCUCAUAACGGUCCCCCUUUCUUCUUCACUAUCGAGAGUGGGAAUGAUGACAACGCCUUUGAAGUGAACCAGCAAGGGGUCCUCCAGACGGCAGCUGCCCUGGAGCGGAAGGUGAAGGACCGCUACUUCCUGCGCGUUAAGGUGGCCGAUAACGGGAAGCCUCAGUUGUCGUCCUUGACCUACAUUGACGUCAUGGUCAUCGAAGAGAGUAUCUACCCUCCUGCAAUUUUACCCCUGGAGAUUUUCAUUACGGCUUUCGGGGAGGAAUACUCAGGCGGUGUCAUUGGGAAGAUCCACGCCACAGACCAAGACGUGUACGACACUCUGACCUACAGCCUCGAUCCCCAGAUGGACAACCUCUUCUCCGUUUCCAGCACGGGAGGCAAGCUCAUUGCACACAAGAAGCUGGAUCUGGGGCAGUACCUGCUCAACGUCAGCGUCACAGAUGGGAGAUUCACAACCGUGGCCGACAUCACCGUGCACGUCCGACAGGUGACGCAGGAGAUGUUGAACCACACCCUCGCCAUCCGCUUCGCCAACCUCACGCCGGAAGAGUUUGUCGGCGACUUCUGGCGCAACUUCCAGCGCGCCUUGCGGAACGUCUUGGGGGUGCGGAGGAGUGACAUCCAGAUCGUGAGCUUGCAGCCCUCCGAUCCCCUCCCCCACCUGGAGGUCUUACUCUUUAUAGAGAAAUCAGGUGGUGCCCCUGUGUCUUCAAGACAGCUUCUGCACAGGAUCAAUGCUUCCGUGACAGACAUCGAGGAAAUCAUCGGUGUCAGGAUACUGGAUGUCUUCCAGAAGCUCUGUGCAGGGCUGGAGUGCCCGCGGAAAUUCUGUGACGAAAAGGUGUCUUUGGAUGAAAGUGUGAUGUCAACACACAGCACGGCCAGGCUGAGCUUCGUGACUCCCCGCCACCGAAGGACAGCUGUGUGUCUCUGCAGAGAUGGGAAAUGCCCACCUGUCAGUCGAGGCUGCGAGGACAGUCCGUGCCCCGAGGGAUCAGAAUGCAUCGCUGAUCCCAGGGAGGAGAAGUACACCUGUGUCUGUCCAGGUGGCAAGUUUGGUCAGUGCCCAGGGAGUUCAUCUGUAACAUUUACUGGGAACAGCUUUGUGAAAUACCGUCUAAAGGAAAAUGAAAACAAGUUGGAGAUGAAGCUGACCAUGAGGCUCAGAACGUAUUCUGCUCAUGCAGUUGUGAUGUACGCGCGAGGGACCGACUACAGCAUCUUGGAGAUCCAUAACGGAAGACUGCAGUACAAGUUCGACUGUGGCAGCGGGCCUGGCAUUGUGUCUGUUCAGAGCAUCCAGGUCAACGACGGGCUGUGGCAUGCCGUGUCUCUCGAAGUGAAUGGCAACUACGCGAGGCUGGUUCUCGACCAAGUCCACACGGCGUCGGGCACAGCUCCGGGGACUCUGAAAACCCUAAACCUGGACAACCAUGUGUUUUUCGGUGGCCACAUCCGUCAGCAAGGCGCAAGGCAUGGAAGAAGCCCCCAAGUUGGUAAUGGCUUCAGGGGUUGUAUGGACUCCAUUUAUCUGAACGGGCAGGAGCUCCCUUUAAAUAACAAACCCAGAAGCUAUGCGCACAUUGAGGAGUCCGUGGACGUGUCUCCCGGGUGCUUGCUAAUGGCCACGGAGGACUGCUCCAGUAAUCCCUGCCAGAACGGAGGCAUGUGCAGCCUGUCACCUGCCGGAGGUUAUUACUGCAAAUGCAAUGCCUUAUACGUAGGGACAUACUGUGAGGUGAGCGUCAACCCGUGUUCCUCCAAUCCCUGCCUUUACGGAGGCACCUGCCUCGUGGACAGUGGAGACUUCGUUUGCCAGUGUAGAGGGCUGUACACUGGCCAGAGGUGCCAGCUGAGUCCGUACUGCAAGGACGAACCCUGCAAAAACGGUGGGACGUGCUUUGACAGCCUGGACGGUGCCGUGUGUCAGUGUGAUUCCGGUUUCAGGGGAGAAAGGUGUCAGAGCGACAUCGACGAGUGUGCGGGGAGCCCGUGCCGGAACGGGGCCCAGUGCGAGAACACGCACGGCUCCUACCACUGCAACUGCAGCCGCCAGUUCCGAGGGAAGCACUGCGAGGACGCGGCCCCCAACCUGUACGUGUCCAGCCCCUGGAACAUCGGGCUGGCCGAGGGGGUCGGCAUCGUGGUCUUUGUCGUCGGGACUUUCCUGCUGGUGCUGGUGUUCGUGCUCUGCCGCAAGAUGGUCGGCCGGAGGAGGCAGCCGCAGGCCACGCCGGAAGACAAGCACCUGGCGCCCACCACCGCCUUCAUGCAGAGACCGUAUUUUGACUCAAAACUAAAUAAAAACAUUUACUCAGACAUACCACCCCAGGUGCCUGUCCGCCCUAUCUCCUACACUCCAAGCAUCCCAAGCGACUCCCGGAACAAUCUGGACCGGAAUUCCUUCGAAGGAUCUGCGAUCCCAGAGCACCCCGAGUUCAGCACCUUUAACCCAGAGUCUGUGCACGGACACCGGAAGGCAGUGGCCGUCUGCAGCGUCGCCCCGAACUUGCCGCCCCCGCCCCCGUCCAACUCUCCGUCUGACAGCGACUCCAUCCAGAAGCCCAGCUGGGACUUCGACUACGACGCCAAAGUCGUGGAUCUUGAUCCUUGUCUCUCGAAGAAGCCUCUGGAGGAGAAGCCCUCUCACCCCUACAGUGCCCGGGAGAGCCUGUCGGAGGUGCAGUCCCUCAGCUCCUUCCAGUCGGAGUCGUGCGACGACAAUGGCUACCACUGGGAUACAUCGGACUGGAUGCCAACCGUUCCUCUGCCAGAUAUACAGGAAUUCCCCAAUUACGAGGUUAUCGAUGAGCAGACGCCCCUGUACUCAGCCGAUCCAAAUUCUAUCGACACAGACUAUUACCCCGGAGGUUACGACAUUGAAAGUGAUUUUCCACCCCCACCGGAAGACUUCCCCGCGCCUGACGAGCUGCCACCGCUGCCCCCCGAGUUCAGUGAUCAGUUCGAAUCCAUACACCCUCCCAGAGACAUGCCUGCGACAGGUAGUUUGGGCUCUUCCUCGAGAAACCGGCAGCGGUUCAACUUGAACCAGUAUCUGCCCAAUUUCUAUCCCGUCGACAUGUCUGAACCUCAGAAAGCAGGCACCGGGGAGAGCGUUCCGUGUAGAGAACCCUAUGCCCCGUACCCGCCCGGGUAUCCGAGAAACUGUGCCGCCCCCGCCGGGGAGCACCUGCCCCUGUCCGUGUACGCCGCGGCCUCCUGCUCCGACGUGUCGGCCUGCUGCGGAGCGGAGUCGGAGGUCAUGCUGAGUGACUACGAGAGCGGAGACGAAGGCCACUUCGAGGAGGUGACGAUCCCUCCGCUAGAUUCCCAGCAGCACACGGAAGUCUGACGCUCCAGCCCCCCAAGUGC